ACUUUGUGCUGCAUUUCUAAAUCUGCCGAGAGGAGCAAGAAAAUGGAGGACGAGCUCAGCAUAUUUAAACUCUGCUUUUUAUAAAAACGAGUCCGACCAGCGAAAACCCGAGAAACCGAUGUUUAAAUCCCCAGCUUUCCUCUGUACACGGGAUUUACAGUUCUAUCAGUUGAUGCUGGUCUUGUGAUGACACAGUAUGGCUUUUCAUGUUGUUACUUGUGGAAUGGAAUGCUUUGUACUCCGACCUGAUGCUGGAAGCAUCACAAGAAUGGAGACUUAGGUUAAAGAUUCUGGAGAUUGAGCAACGUGCUUGCAUCCUGGAGCAAGGCAUCACCAUCAUGCUUGUAUAGGUAAAGAUGCAAACCAUGCCAGAAUGGAACGAACCCACGAGUGUGACCCCUUUCAUGUCAUGGGAGGAAGGGGAGUGUGACCCCUAAAAGGGGGCGAUGUGAUCUAUUAGAAGUCUGAAGCCGGAGACAGAAGAAUUUUUUUUUUCCAAAAGUGUCCCAAUCUCUGCUCAAAUCUGCCCCACUGCAGGGCCUUAUCUAUUUAGGUUAGACCCAUUCACAGCUGAGCCUUGUCUCUGUGUGUGUGAGUGAGUUAAGUUUUUGUGUAGAUUUUUCUGUGAUUUUAUUCUAUUUACACUCUAGCUUUGUUUAAGCACUUGGGAUGUGUAAGUGAGUGAGUGCGUGAGUGGAUUUGCUGGCUUUGUACAGUACCGGUGAACGCUUGUGAGUCAGCAUUAGUCCAGGUCAGGUUCACCCAUGAGGCCAAAAACGUUCCCCGCUGCCCCGUACGUGGGCAACACGCGCCAGCGCCUUCAGGAGAUCAAGGAGGGACUGAAGCAGCCGGCUAAGCUGGUGAGCCAGGCGCUGCAUGGGGGCAGUUCUCGAGGAGAAGGGGGCCGUGGUGGGGACUGUAAGGGUAAAGACCAGGCCGGCAGGCAGCAGCAACUCCGACAGCCACAGAAGUUCAACAACUACCAGAAUGCACUGCGAGAGAUCCGCAAGUCUUUGAUGCCCUUUGCCAACGAGUCGGGUCCAGCGUCCAGCUCAGCACACCCCAGCGGAGAUGUAAACCGGCAGAUGCUGCAGGAGCUGGUCAAAGCCGGAUGUGAUCAGGAAAUGGCCGUGCGUGCAUUGAAACAAACUGGCAGUCGCAACAUAGAGGCAGCAUUGGAGUAUAUCAGUAAGAUGGGCUACCUGGACCCCCGGAAUGAACAAAUUGUGCGCGUCAUCAAGCAGACUUCCCCAGGUAAAAAUGGCAUGCCAAAUUCAAUGGACCAUAGACCGGCAAUGGAGGCACCUAACGAUGGUGCAAUGCAACCUUACCACCAGAUGGGAACACCGCUUUAUGAUGGAGCUGGCUAUGGAGCAGAGGGAGAAAUUGCACGGCCCUACAUGGGCGGCCCACCAGUCAUGAACUACAUGAUGUCACCUGCCGGCUCACCACAGGGUUCUGCAAUGGGGAACCCCAUGGGUCGUCCCCCCAGCAUGGGUGCCUAUCCUGCAGGCAUGGCUCCUCAAAAUGCUCAAGGGACACCCAUGUACCCCCCUGGUCCCGCCCAGCAGAAAAGCUAUGCAGGGGGUAUGGAUCAGGCAAUGAUGGGCUACAGUGUGCCUGGUCCACCCAUGCAGCUCCAGGCCCAGUCACCAGGGGGGCCCAACCCCCAUUAUGAGUACAGACCUCAUAUGAUGGAGCCAACCAGCUAUAGUGUCAAACGGAGUGCCUCCUUCCAGAACAAGAUGCCCCCUCUGGCACCGCAAGGCAAAGGGGCAAUGGGCCAAAAUGGGGGUGGCUACCCUCCUAACCUUUACUUGCCUCCCCACUCACACCCUCGUCAGGCCAGCCCAACCUCACACCCAGUCCACAUGAUGUCUCGCUCCCCAGGAGGAGCAGCUGCAGCGGCUAUGGGGGAAUUUUCAGAUAUUCCCCAGGGUCUUCUUACACCUUCCAGGGUCAGCCUCAACCUUGAUCUAUAUGACCACCACUGGGCAAGUGCUCAGGGCCCAGAAGCAGCUCCUCCAGCGAGGCAGCCACAGGGGCCUUUCAGGAGUGAGGUACGUGUCCCCAGUAGGACCAACUCUUUUAACAAUCAUCAAAAGGUCAAUGUGAGACAGACAAUGCCCCCUGCAGCCAAUGUACCUGGCAAACAAGAGGCAAACGUGGGCCCACCAAACACCAUUACAGCAGUGACAUCUCCACCCAUCCAGCAGCCAGUUAAGAGCAUGAGGGUCAUGAGGCCAGAGCCCAAAACUGCAGUUGGGCCGUGUCACCCAGGCUGGCUAACUGCACAAGCCCAGGAUGCUCCUGAGACUCAUGGGUACUUGCCAGAUGAAAGCUUUACUUUGGAAUCCAACCAAGAGCCCCGGUGUCCACCACCACCUUACCCCAAAACACUGCUCCUGUCUGGAGCUGCAGCAGGACCAGAAACAGCACCUUUAGAAAGCGGAGCCAUAGCUGGAGCUCCGGACCACAGUGCUGCAGGCAGGCCCGUCCCUAAUGUCGCAGCAGGAAAGCAAGAAGAGCCUGUCACCAAAGACAAGUCCAAGCCAGGAAAAGGAGAGAAGACUGUGAAGGAUAAGAAGCAGAUUCAGACCUCACCAGUACCAGUGCGGAAGAAUGCCCGAGACGAGGAGAAGAGAGAGUCUCGCAUCAAGAGCUAUUCACCUUUUGCCUUCAAGUUUUACAUGGAGCAGCAUGUAGAAAAUAUCAUGAAGACCUACCAGCAGAAGCUUAAUCGCAGACUGCAGCUGGAGCAGGAGAUGUCCAAGGCUGGUCUGUCAGAAGCAGAGCAGGGGCAGAUGCGAAAAAUGCUGAACCAGAAGGAGUCCAACUACAAUCGACUGCGCCGGGCCAAGAUGGACAAAUCUAUGUUUGUGAAAAUCAAAACACUUGGAAUAGGGGCUUUUGGCGAGGUGUGUCUGACCCGUAAGGUGGACACGGGGGCUCUGUAUGCCAUGAAGACUCUUCGAAAAAAGGACGUCCUGAACCGCAACCAGGUGGCUCAUGUCAAAGCCGAACGAGAUAUCUUAGCCGAGGCUGAUAAUGAAUGGGUGGUCCGGCUGUACUACUCGUUUCAGGACCGGGACAGUCUGUAUUUCGUUAUGGACUACAUUCCUGGAGGAGACAUGAUGAGCCUGCUGAUCCGUAUGGGAGUUUUCCCUGAGCAGCUGGCCAGGUUUUAUGUGGCCGAGCUCACACUAGCCAUUGAGAGUGUGCAUAAGAUGGGCUUCAUCCAUAGAGACAUCAAGCCUGACAACAUCCUCAUUGACCUGGAUGGACACAUCAAGUUGACUGAUUUUGGCUUGUGCACAGGGUUCCGUUGGACACACAACUCAAAGUAUUACCAGAAAGGGAACCAUAUUCGUCAGGACAGUAUGGAACCUAGUGACUUCUGGGAUGAUGUGUCUAACUGUCGCUGCGGUGAUCGCUUGAUAACACUGGAACAGCGGGCGAAUCGUCAGCACCAGCGUUGCCUUGCACACUCCCUGGUGGGCACUCCAAACUACAUUGCCCCUGAAGUGCUGCUGCGGAAAGGCUACACCCAGCUGUGUGACUGGUGGAGUGUGGGAGUGAUUCUGUUUGAGAUGCUGGUGGGUCAGCCUCCAUUCCUUGCUCCAACCCCUACAGAGACACAAAUCAAGGUGAUAAACUGGGAGAGCACACUGCAGGUCCCCCCGCAGGUGAAGCUGAGUCCUGAGGCUGUUGACAUCAUCGGACGCCUCUGCUGCUCAGCGGAGGAGCGCCUGGGCAGCAAUGGCGCUGGAGAGAUAAAGGCCCACCCUUUCUUUUCCCAAGUGGACUUCUCCAGCAACCUUCGCACUCAGCCUGCUCCAUACCGGCCUAAGAUCGCCCACCCGAUGGAUACCUCCAACUUUGACCCUGUGGAAGAGGAGGGGUCUCCGGGGGCGUGGAGCGACAGCGGGGACAGCACUCGUGCUUGGGACACCCUCUGCUCUCCAAAUGGCAAACACCCUGAACACGCCUUCUAUGAGUUCACUUUCCGCAGGUUCUUUGAUGACAACGGCUGUCCGUUCCGCUACCCCAAACCCCUUGAAGACAUACAAGGACCCCCCAGCAGUAGUGGAGUGAGCAGCAUAAGCCCUGAAGAGGAGGAAGAAGAGGAUGAGGAGGAGGAAGAGGAAGAACAGGGAGAGGGCUGUGAGCCUGUAUAUGUGUGAUAUGUGGAGAGAGGGUCCACACGCUUCAUUAAAUAACACACAGGCCAUCAGGUUAUAUCUCUAUGGUGUAUGUUUAUGGUAUGGCUGGAAAGGAGAUAAGAUAACAGCAAGAUCAAGUAAUGGAAAGAGAAAAAUAACGCCAUGCGAAACAAAAAAAUAACGCCAUGCGAAACAAUUACAUUUUAUUACUCUUAACACAAUCCUGCAGGAUCUUUUACUUGUUCAAGGAUAUAUGCUUCUAACUGAAACUGCUAUCUGGGACCAAAAGCACACGUCGCGUAGUCUACUCUAGGGAUAUGGACUAAUGAUGAGUCUACAGACAUGCCCCCUGUGGAUCUCAGUCAAAGCACUCCUUUCUUACGAUCUACUGUGUCCCAUUCCUUGAUUCUCCAGCCGUGUUGGUGUGUGUGUGGGCUGAGACUGAUACAAAGUAAAUGCAGGAUGCUAACACUUCCUCCAGGCCUCUCAGCCUCUUUGGUGAUGCCGACACAGCCAUUCCUUUCUCCAGAGGAGCAACUGUCAUCAUGUUCACUGCAGCUUGCAGUGGUGGUGGCGGUGGUGUUAUCCAGUGGUUAAUUAUUGACUGUGCCUUACAUCACCUAUAUGACCAGACAGUUUCAUCAAAAUGCUUUUACACACUGCUUUAUCCAAAAGCAUACAAGCCCACAUAUGUUGCUUAAUAACUUAGCCAUGUAAACAACAAAGCAUAGGAGACCAGAUCAAAAAUGCCACAGGAGAAAUGAUGGCAUACAUCAUAAAUUACGAUAUGGCUCAGGUUGUUUCCCUCUUUAUGAGGAAAGUGAGGAAAAUUGUGUAUAAAAGACAGAAUAUUAUGAUUUUGCCUCCUAGUGGUUUUGAAAAAAAUCACAGUAAAUUACAGUGAAAUGCUUUAAUGAUUGAUUGAUGGUUUUGAACUCACAUCAGCUAAAUUUGUGCCAUUAGCUGUUUUUCCAAACUUGAAAUCUUAAAGUUAGCCAUAAAACAUGUAUAUUAAUGCAAAAAUAUCAUAAUAGGUCUUUAAAAGUUUCCACCAGAGACCUAUUCAAAGAUGUUUUCAGCUGUUUGCUUUAUGUAUGUGCUGUAUAUUCAAAUACGGAUGCGUUUAUGUGUACCUCACACUUUUCUCAGAUAUGAACUUCGUGCCUUUAAGCUGGUUCUGUCAUCACAUUCAGUUUUGUGUCCACUUACUUUCUAAAAAUCAAAGAAUCUGGGUCUGUCCUAUUGCUUAAUAUCAGCAACUGGGCAUAUCAGCUUAACUACUUUUCAUCAAGUUAUUUGUUUAAGCAUAAUGAGUAAUGUAUUUAGUUGAAUAAGGUCUUAAGAAUCAGGGGAUUUCUUGCUUAUCCUUAUGUAGAUCCACUGGCAAUACGUAUUACCCAAAGAGGUAAACUGUUCAAUGGAUGAAAAAUACAUAGUUGGCAAAAAAAAAAAAAAAAGUUACCGCACUAUCCUAAAACAUGUCCACACACAUACACUACACAGUAUUAUAAACAGGCAGUCUUCGACUGAAGUGCGAUCAGUAUCUUAUCAGGCGGUAAUGUAAAGAUUUAAAUAUGACGGAGAAAAAAGAUGGCAAAAGAAAAAAAAAAGAAAUGUAUGUGAUGGUAUGACUAUGUGCAAUACAAAAAAUACAUUAUAUAGUUUUCUAAUCACACAAAUAGCCUUUUCCAUUUUAUUACUGAGAUACACUAUGUAAAAGUAAAUAUAUAUUGGUUUAUGUAUUUUCAGUAUAGUUACCUGACCCAAUGCUGCUCAUUGUUAAUAAUGUUACAAAGUACACUAUCAUCAUACUUUCAUAUAUGCUUUUUCAUUUUCUAUUUUUGUAAAAAAAAAAAAAAAAAGUGUGUGGUAUUGGUUGACAGUGUAAUUGAUGCGGGAUGUGACGAACUGUGUGCCUUCUAAUGAAUGUGUGGGUGUGUCCACCACAUGCUGAUCAGUAUUGAGGAUGAGAUGGAAACGUGCCUUCUUCCUGCCCUCAGGCUGGUCCCGAAGGUUUGGGAGAGGGCAUAGAGAAGAGUGUGAGGAGAUGAAAGAAAAGAGGAAUUCAAUUGGAGUGAAAAUGAGUUAUGAAAUGAAUUAUGAAAUAAUAUGUUGAAGGAGUUGUAAGAGAGGAGGCAGGGUUGAUCAUUAACAGAUUUAAUGUGCUUAUUUUGAAACUCAUGCAAGAUGAGUGGCCAGAUUGAAUCUUAUUAAUAUUAAUAUUGUAAGUCCAUCAGAUUUGAUCACUGAUGUUUAUGUGAUCAACCAAUGUACAAAACAAACUAUAUAUACCAACUUUAACUUGACAAUCAUUGAUAUACUUAACUGUUUAAUUUGCUCAAACCAAGCGGUUAUAUCAAUAUUGGUAACCCAUAUUUUAAAACAACUGAUAAGCUGACUGAACAAUCCACAAAUGGCUCUUGUCUUUAGUCUGGAGCUAACCACCAUACAUUUGAGUAUAUUUAAAAGAAUAUAUAAUCAUCUAUGUAAUUUAAUACUGACAUUAUACAUUUUGUCCCAAUUAGUCUAAUUUGUGGACUUUAAAAGCUGAAGUGCUCAGUAGAGCUUGACAGCAGAUGUUCUGCUUGCCCAUGUUCAUCAGGAUGGACCACUCAGUGAAGAAUUAGUGUUGUAGGAGACAGUCCUCAUAGAGUCAGUUUAAGAGGUCGUGUGUGAGUGUUUGUGUGAUGUUUUGGAUGGAUUUUCUAUAUUUUACUUUUGAAAGUGCUGACUGACAAUCUUCGAUUGACUAUAAUGUAAUCUGAUAAUGGGACUUUUUCUUGUGUGCCUUUUUUUGUAUUUCAGAGCUUGAGUGGGGUGGGACUUCUUUUGACUUCUGUGAUCUUCCUUAAUGUAUUAUAUAAUACAGUUACUAUUGGAUAUAUAUUUAUACAGAUAUACAUAUUUUUUGUAUCUUUAUUAUUUUUCAUUUUUCUGAGCUAACUUUUGAACCUCUAUGUCUACAGUAUUACAGACAGCAAACAUUUGGAUUCAUAUCUUUUUUACAUAUAUGUAUGAACCAAGAAUUUGUUAAAAUGCUUUCACUGUUCUCACUUGUGUAAAUGUAUAUGUCUAAAUUAAAUUAAAUAAAUCAA